UCAGUUGACGUUGUGGAAUGGCGAACAGUAUAAAUUUGAUCUCCGAACAAUGCAGAAAUUCUCUGAAAAUUCAAUUGGGCCCGCGGCUCGUGAGUCGGUUGUGAAAGUGUUUUGGUGUGGUGUUCCGGUCAACAAGCUGCAGCAGCCGUCCGUUCCCGUUUCCCUGCCGCCACCGUUGCUGCUGCCAGAUCAUCUGCUGCUACGGAGCAGUGGGUUGCCCUUGUCGCCGUUGCCACCGUGGCCACCGUUGUUGAUUGUGCCGCGGUCAGCAGUAUCACACUCAUCCCGCCGCCACUAUCUCUGCCGUCGUCCGCCGGACGGUUGAGAGGGGUGAGCCUCUUCUCCUCGAUACCACCAUGCGGUAGAAAGGGAAGGCAAACAUCUACAUCGAUCAUCCGCAGUGAACGUGUGUGCGAGCUGAACUCGCAACAGCAGCUGGUAUCCGUGUUUGGUGAACCCAUCUCGUCCCCUGUCCUCUCCUUCGCACAGAAUUAUCGGAUGGGGUAGGAAAAGCGGAAAAGUGGAAAAGUUAAUUCUUUCUGCCGAAAUGAAUAGUGCGGAAUCGACACACGGCGGUAGCUGACACUUUUGAUCGUUGCCAUCGGCGGCAAGCGUACGGCACUGAGAUGCGAUGAAGAGAUACGGCAAAUUUCCUUAUUUUCCACACUCUACCAACAUGCACGACGGCAAUAGCAGCCAUCCGCAGCAGGCCUGCGAUAGAAGCAAUGCACGCGCUACGUUGUGGGUUUUUUCACCGCGCGUGUGAGUGCGUAUACACACGGCUAGGGCAGUAAAUGUGUGCAGUGCAGCUGCGUGUGCGCGCUUAGAGAUGAUGGUGUAAAUUGGUGUGCGUGAAAAUUGGAUCAAGUGCGUGCCGCGACGGCGGCGACGACGACGAGCAGGAAAAACAAAAGUGUGCGAGUGUGUGUGUGCGCUUAUAGGUGAUUUUGGAAUGCUUUCCUGUGUGCGUCGGCUACUACAGCACACGGUGAAUGAUAGUGUGUGCGGAGCACAGUGAAAAAUCAGUGCACGGUGUGAAAAAUGCACUGCAAGUGUGUGGCGGCUUUCGACGAUAGAAUUAGAAUGAAGGGAGUGUGUAUCGGUGUGAGUGACAGUGUGGAGAAAUAGUAGCAAGAGCGAGAAAGGCUGCGAAAGUGAAACUGACGUAAAAGAGAUGAAAAGAAAGACUAGCCGUUCAAGUCCCUUUAGAGCAAGCCCUCCUUUAGCACAUGAAAAUGCAAUGCAGAAAGCGAAAGGAUAACGAUGCGAUGCUUCAUAAUAAAAAUGGAAAAGCAAUGAAGAGCAAUUAUCGCGUGGCACAAUACUAGCAGAGUAAUAAAUAGUAAAAAUGACUUCGAGAUUAGAUCGGUUGUUUAUUUUGCUCGAGUCGGGCUCGGCUGCGGUGACGCGCAAGGCAGCGGCCAAACAGAUCGGCGAGGUGCAGAAGCUCCACCCGCACGAGCUGCACAAUCUGCUCAGCCGUCUGCUGACCUACCUGCACAGCAAUAGCUGGGAUACACGAAUCGCCGCAUCGCAGGCCGUCCAAGCGAUCCUGGAAAAUGUACCGCAAUGGGAGCCCAAGGGCAUGCCGAACCUAAUCAAGCUAGAAACAAAGGAAGAAGUGCCGUCCGACCGGCCGGUCGAUGAGGAGGAGGAAGAAAGAUCGUGCGAUUCAUCCAGCACGCACGGCAGUGGUAAGCGGAACGGUCACAACAGCCACCACCGCCUGUCGUUCGAUAAUUUCGAUCUGAAUGCGGUACUGUUCAAGGGUGCCCGGCUGAUGGGUUCGGAAGGGACCGAGUUCGAUCCGCUGGACGAGAACGAGAUGGUGGAUCUGCGGGAAAAGCUGGCCCGUCAGCGGGCACUGCUAAACGAAAAGCUUGGCCUAAGCAGCGGUCUCAACGUCGACGAGCUUGUGACGCUCGAUGACGUGCGCAGCAAUGGGAGCGGAAUGGCGGGCGGCAGGGAUCACCAGACGAGCGCUAGCGGCGAGCGGCUAGUGCCGGUGCAGGAGAUACUGAAGCUGAAUCGGGCCGAUUCGGUGGAGGGGUUAAGCUGCCGGGAGAAAAACCGUGCCCGACGAAAGGCGCGCCAACAGCAGCAAGCGUUUCAGAACCCUAUCGGUGCGGUUAUGGGAGGAGGGACGGCGGGCAGUGCGGUUCCCACAUCCGCUGCCGGAAAUGGUUCGAAUGGGAUGGCACCGUCGGGCACGGGCCAAACCACCGACACCAUCGCCGGUGAACCUGAUCGGAAGCGAAUUAAGACGGAGAAAGGAGAAGCGAACGCUGCGACCGGUGCAAGUGCCGGUGGUGGAACGGGACCCGGUAUACCGGGAACAUGGACCGGAGAAGCGGUGCCCGAUCUGACUGGAGCGUGGGUCGAUGCUACCGAUUGGCCGUUGGAUUCGUUUUGCUCGAAACUAUUCCUAGACCUGUUCAGCCCACGGUGGGAGACUCGCCACGGAUCUGCCACGGCAUUGCGUGAAUUGCUGAAGUCGCACGCGGACGGCGGUGGCAAAAGCGUGUACAUGACGAAAUCGGAAAUGGAAUGCCAGCACCAGCUGUGGCUAGAGGAUGCAACGCUACGGCUGCUGUGCGUGCUGGCGCUGGAUCGUUUCGGAGACUUUGUAUCCGAUCAGGUGGUUGCCCCGGUCCGUGAAACAUGUGCCCAAGUACUCGGGACGGUUUUGCGGCAGCUACCGCUGGCCAAAGUUCACCAAACGGUCGCCAUUUUGCUGACGUUCGUAAAGCAGAAGGAGUGGGAGGUACGGCACGGCGGACUGCUCGGUAUCAAGUACAUGCUGGUCGUUCGCGAAGAUCUUAUCCAAACGUUCCUGCCGGUCAUCAUCAACGACGUGCUGACCGGGCUGUUCGAUGCGGUCGACGACGUCGGUGCCGUGGCCGCAUCCACGCUCAUCCCGAUCGCUACCUGGCUACCGAAGCUGCUCAGCCGGGCGCAGGUGUCGCACAUCGUCAAACUCCUCUGGGAUCUGUUGCUCGAUCAGGACGAGCUGGCGUCCGCUUGCAACAGCUUUAUGGGAUUGCUCGCCUCCAUCCUAAGCCUACCGUCCGCAUCCAGCUGGAUCCAGAUGGAACCGAUGUCGAUGCUGGUGCCCCGACUCUGGCCCUUCCUUAGCCACUGUAGCUCUUCCGUGCGGCGAUCGACGCUGCAAACGCUUAAAACACUCACCACGGCCUCGGACGACGGAACGGCACAGGCCGGAACGAACGGUGGCGGGUCCACCACUCCACCCGCUUCCAACGGAAAAGCGGACGAAACGUCCAAGAGUGCCACCGUGCUCACCGUGCCCGCCGCGGAAGAAGCGAAGCUGGGGCUUAACUUCGGCGUCAAAGAUUGGCCACCCUCCUUGCUGCAGGAAGCGCUUCGCCACAUCUUCCAGCGGGUGCUCGUCGAGCAUGUGGAGGACAUUCAAUCGCUCGCGGAAGAUGUGUGGAACAGUUUGGUUGUGAAUGCGGAACUGUCCGCGCUGCUGCACGCCUCCUGCCCGUACGUAUCCAGCUGGCUUUGUCUCGCGAUGCAACCGGCACGGUUGGCCUUCGAUCCUGGGUCACUCAUUCACGCCAAACCCAUCCAACACCAGACCGGUGGCAAUCGGGAACGAAGGCCCCGGCAAUUCGAUUCGUUCGAUACGGGCACUUCUGGCGGCGGUGGCCAUCUAGCUUCCUGCUCGUCGUCCGGUUCGUUGCAUCAGAAGCUUUUCCUCGGUGGCGCCGAAACCGUACCGCUCGAUGUGCGAGAGAAGAACGUGGUACGGGCGCGUUGCAAAGCCGCCCGGAUGAUUGGUUUACUGUCCCGGUACCUGGUGUUGCCGGCCCCGGGCGUUACCUACACCCCGGAAACGGAGAGUCCCAUCGAUUGCUAUACCAAAGUGCUGAUCGGCUACCUGCAAUCCCGGUCGGCCCUGCAGCGGCUGAUCAGCAGCCUCGUCAUCGCGUACUGGUGCUCGUUCGACAGCACCAUCCAGCCCGGCCCGCCGGUGCUGCAGGAACGAUUGCGCGCCUGCCUAAACGAGUACGUGUACUACGACGAGGUGGGCAUCGUGUUCACGCGCCUGCUGCAAGAGUGCCGCGACUAUAUGGCCACCCUGAAGCAGCACAAGGUACAGCUGGCCGAGUACGAGCAGCAGAAGGUGCUGACGCUCGAUCAAAUCUACCAAAUAGCGACCGCCAUCGGCUGGUCCGCCGACGAGAUGCGCACCAAAUACAGUCUCAAAACGAAGGUGGCCGACCUGCUGGAGGACCGCCGACGCAGCCUGCUUACGUCACACUCGGCGACCGCCCUGGAGCAGACGACGCUUCACAUCAGCACCCAGUCGUCGGUGUCGGGAGCCGUCGUCAGUUUGCGCUGUCUGCCGGAGCGCCUGAAUCCGGUCGUUAAACCGUUGAUGGAGUCGAUCAAGCGGGAAGAGUGUGAACUGCUGCAACGGCUGUCGGCCAAAUAUUUAAGCGAUCUGCUCGAUCAGGUCACGUCACGCACGCCGUGCCCGAACAGCAAAAUCGUCACCAACCUUUGCACGCUGCUUAAAAGCGAUCCCGAAUUUACGCCCCGUGUGCUGUGCCCGGACCAGGAGCUUGUGCACUUCGAUUCGACGACAGCGGAUGAUUCGAACCCGUACCACGGCAUACUGACUCUCACCAAGCAGCAUCAACGCUGUAAGGACCAUGCCGGUGGCGCGUCGAGCGGAGCCGGACCCAGUGGAGUGUCGCCCCGGGGGCCGGGUAGACCGGCCGCCGCCAGCACCACCAUUGCGGCAGCCCUCGAUCUGUCCGCGUCGUCGGCUUCCACGAACAGCAGCACCAAUGCCGCACUGGACGAGCUGUUGGGCCCGUCCGAGAGUGAGGAAACGCAACGGAAGCAUGCACGCACGCAGCGUCUCGGUGCGACGGCCGCCAUUACGACGAUUUGUGCCCAGUUCGGAUCCCAGCUGCCCGACAAGCUGCCCAUCCUGUGGCAGCUGCUGCUCGAUAAAAUUCAAUCCCGCGUCGACGAACCGUACAUCGAUCGGCUAUCGCUGGAUGUGAUUGCGCAGGACGAGACGAACGAUUUUAUGACCUCGCUUCAACUGUUGGAAGUGUCUGCCCCGUUUUUGCACGUGUCCCUCCACAAACAGCUGUUCGAGCUGCUGCCCAAGCUCUGCCUUUUGCUACGCCAUCCGCUCAAAGGCGUGCGGCGCAUGGUCGGGCGCUGUUUGGCUACGCUGGCCGCAGUGGACGCCGCGACCGUGAUGACGCUGGUCAUUAACGAUGUCGUACCGCUGCUGUCCUGCAUCGAGAGUGUAAUCAAACGGCAGGGUGCAGCGGAAGCCAUCACCUGCAUCGUCAACCGGCUGCAGUUCGAGAUUGUGCCGUACGUGGUGCUGCUGGUCGUGCCGCUGCUCGGCCGAAUGAGCGAUCCGGAUCAAUCGGUGCGGCUCGUUUCGACGCACUGCUUUGCGACGCUCAUCCAGCUGAUGCCGCUCGAUGGGCUUGCGGCGGACAGCGGCGGUACGCGCCACCUGUCCGACGAUCUUCGGCAGCGCAAAAUGAAGGAUCGCCGGUUUCUGGAGUAUCUGUUCUCGCCGAAAAGCAUCCCCGACUUUCAGAUCCCGGUGAAGAUCAAUGCGGAGCUGCGCAGCUAUCAGCAGUCGGGCGUGAACUGGCUGUGGUUCCUGAACCGCUACAAACUGCACGGCAUCCUGUGCGACGACAUGGGGCUGGGCAAAACGCUGCAGGCGAUCUGCAUCCUUGCGGCGGACCAUCACCAGCGCAGCCAGGAGCCCGGUUGCGCUCAGCUGCCGAGCAUCGUCAUCUGUCCCCCGACGCUGACCGGGCACUGGGUGUACGAGGUGGAGAAGUUCCUGCCGAGCCGGUUCCUGCGCCCGCUGCACUACGUCGGGCUGCCGGGCAAUCGGGAGCAGCUGCGCCAGAAGCUGGGCACGUACAACCUGAUCGUGGCGUCGUACGAUAUCGUGCGCAAGGAUAUAGAGUUUUUCGGCUCGGUGCAGUGGAACUACUGCAUUCUCGACGAGGGCCACAUCAUCAAGAACGGGCGCACGAAAAGCUCGAAGGCGAUUAAGCAGCUGGUAGCGAACCAUCGGCUCAUUCUGUCCGGUACGCCCAUACAGAACAAUGUGCUGGAACUGUGGUCGCUGUUCGAUUUCCUAAUGCCGGGCUUUCUCGGUACCGAAAAGCAGUUCAGCACCCGCUUUAGCCGCCCGAUACUGGCGAGCCGAGAUCCGAAGAGUUCGCCGAAGGAGCAGGAGGCGGGUGCGCUUGCGAUGGAAGCGCUGCACCGGCAGGUACUGCCGUUCCUGUUGCGCCGUGUCAAGGAGGACGUGUUGACUGAUCUGCCGCCAAAGAUAACGCAGGAUUUGCUGUGCGAGUUAAGCCCGCUGCAGGAGCGGCUGUACGAGGACUUUAGCCGGAUGCACAUGCACUCGUCGGACAUUCGCGAGUGUUUGGAAAACAUCGACGGACAGAUGGCGGGCCCGGCCAACAAGAAGACGCACGUGUUCCAGGCCUUAAGGUACCUGCAAAACGUGUGCAACCAUCCGAAGCUGGUGCUUUCUCCAUCCCAUCCCGAGUAUCAGAUGAUUGUGGGCGAGUUCACGCGCAACGGCUCAUCCAUGGAUGAUAUUGAGCAUUCGGCGAAGCUUCCCGUCCUAAAACAACUCCUGCUCGACUGUGGCAUCGGUAGCAAUGAGGACGUUUCGGUGAAUCAACACCGGGCGCUCAUAUUUUGCCAACUGAAGGCGAUGCUCGACAUCGUCGAAAAUGAUCUCCUGAAGAAGCAUCUGCCGGCGGUGUCGUACUUGCGGUUGGAUGGCAGUGUACCGCCCAGCACCAGGCAUCACAUCGUAACGAAAUUUAACGGUGACCCCAGCAUCGAUGUGCUGCUGUUAACGACACAGGUCGGUGGGCUUGGUUUAAAUCUGACCGGUGCCGAUACGGUCAUCUUCGUCGAGCACGACUGGAACCCGAUGAAGGACCUGCAGGCGAUGGACCGUGCGCACCGGAUCGGUCAAAAGAAGGUGGUGAACGUGUACCGGCUGAUAACGCGCAAAUCGCUCGAGGAGAAAAUUAUGGGCCUGCAGAAGUUUAAGCUGCUCACCGCUAAUACGGUGGUGAGCGAUGAGAACGCGUCGAUGGAUACGAUGGGUACGGAGCAGCUGCUCGAUCUGUUCACGCUGGCGGAUGACGCUGGUGGAAAGCCGAAGCAGCAGCAGCAACAGCAGCAGCGUGCACCUCCACCACCCGGUGGUUCAGACCGUCGUCUACGGUCAGCGACGAAUAAUAGUAGCAGCAGCAGCACUGCCACCACAACCGAGCUGGAAGCGAAUGGUAAUAGUAGCGGGGCUGCGAUUAAGACAGUUCUCGAGAGUUUGCCGGAGCUGUGGGACGACAGUCAGUACCAUGAGGAGUACGAUCUGUCCCAGUUCCUCGAGGGGCUUAAGAAAAUCCGCCAACAAUAGCUCUAACACACACACACGUACACACGUACACACUGCUCCGUCGGCGGGGGCAGUGUGCUGGACUUUCUCAUACCUAAGCGCCAAAUCGAGUGCGCGCAUAAUCGCUGUGUGUAUCUGGUCAUAGUAACGUUGAUGUAAGAUGUCUUAUCCUUAUCGGCCGGUCUCAACCACUGUGCGUUUUGUUAAGUGAAAUGGUUUUAUCUCUCCGUUCUAUCGCGCUAAAGCUAUCUCUCUGUCUAGCAACAUGGUUUUCCCCACUUUCUUUCGUUUCUUUAUUUUUAAAGUUCCCUCCAUUUUUGUAGAUUUUUCUGAGCUGCAGGAAGCGGUCCGGAAGCUACAUUUUACAAUCUAUCCUUAGUCCUAAAGCUAACACUGUACAACCACACACUAGUUGCCACUGCAUGUCGUGUAUAUUUGUAAGUUUCCCCGCGCAAAUGGGAAGAACUGGAAGUUGUGUAUUUAAACGCCUAGAAUAAAGGAGUGAGUUUCGUGAGUAA